AUGAAACGUCUGUCCCGUGUCUUCAGCGGCAGCCCCAGGCCUAUGCCGCUGGCAGAGCCCAAGGAGAAAGUGCAGGCACCCACCGCAAAAAAAGCCAUCUUACCAGAGCUUAAGUUUGCCAUUGAAGAGCGAUCUAUCGAUGAAGCGCGGCCGUUGAGAGUCGUUAUCAUCGGUGCCGGAAUUUCCGGUAUCAUCGCUUGUAUUCGAUUUGUCCAGAGGAUUCCCAACCUCGACCUGUGCAUAUACGACAAGAACGCAGAUAUUGGAGGGACCUGGUUUGAGAACAGAUACCCAGGAUGCGCGUGUGAUAUUCCCGCGCAUACAUACCAAGCUACUUUCGAGCCGAACAAAGACUGGUCUCAAUUCUACGCGGGUGCACCCGAGAUUCACCGGUAUUGGAAGCGUGUUGCCGACAAAUACGGUUGUAUGAAGUACAUAAAGUUGAAGCAGCAAGUCUCAGAAGCAGCGUGGAACGAAAACAGUUCCAAAUGGGAAAUACAGGUGCGAGAUGUGGAUACUGGUUCUGUUCAAAGUGACCAGUGUGACAUCCUUAUCCAGGGUACCGGCGCGUUGAAUAAUUGGAAGUGGCCGAGCAUCCCAGGUCUGCACGACUUCAAGGGCAAGCGUUUGCACAGUGCCGUUUGGGAUGAGGAGUAUGAUUACGCAAACAAAAACGUCGCAGUCAUCGGCAAUGGAUCAAGCGGUAUUCAGAUUGUACCUGGUAUAUUGCCCAAGGUCACACACAUUGAUCACUAUGUUCGUAGCCGGACUUGGAUCUCUCCCACUUUUGCGAGAGAGCAAGUCGACAAGCGUGGGCAGGGGUUAGAAAACUUUCAGUUCACCCCGGAGGAAAUCGAGGAAUUCAAGAAGGAUCAUUCCAAAUAUCAGGCAUUCCGCAAAGAGGUGGAGCUAGCAUUGCAAUCAAUCCAUGGCAGCACGCUGAUGGGAGACCCCAUGCAAAUUGAUGCUCAUGGUAUCUUUGUUGAGAACAUGAGGCGCCGACUGGUGAACAAGCCGGAGCUCCUCGACGGGCUUGUUCCAUCUUUCCCACCUGCAUGCCGGCGUUUGACGCCGGGCCCCGGCUAUCUCGAGGCUUUGACGGAUGAAAAGGUGGACGUCAUCAGGUCCGAUAUCGUCAAGGUCGACGAGACUGGAAUCGUGACCGCGGAUGGACAACACAGGGAAGUCGAUGCAAUUGUUUGCGCCACCGGAUUUGAUACGACGUGCACUCCACGAUUCCCCAUCAAAGGGCGGAAUGGACUCACUCUGGAAAAGCACUGGGAAAAGACCCCUGAGACGUACAUCUCAAUUGCCACCAACGAGUUCCCCAACUAUUUCAUUUCUCUCGGACCCAAUGCCGGUCUCGGCGAGGGAAAUCUGUUGUUGCUGAUCGAGAAAGGGGUUGAUUAUAUGACGGAGUGCGUACGCAAGAUCCAGCGCGAUAAUAUUCGCACCAUGGCUGUAAAGGAGGAUGCUGUCAAACGAUUUACCCAAUAUUGCGAUCAGUAUUUCGCAAAGACCGUGUUCGGUGCCAAGUGUCGCAGCUGGUACAAGGGCGGCACGGAAGAUGGUCGCAUUGUUGCCCUUUGGCCUGGAUCCUCCCUGCAUGCCAUGAAGGUGUUUGCGAAUCCACGUUGGGAAGAUUUUGACUAUGAAUAUGUCAACGAUAAUCCAACGGGCUGGUUUGGCGAUGGAUGGACGGAGAAGGAGAAGAACAAAAUGAUCGACGUGGACUACUUAGAUGACGAUCAGAUUGAUUUCCCUCCUCCUGUGAAGGUAUGA